CCUACAAAAGUCUCUCUAGCAGGGCAGACGACUCUCCGGGGCGGGCUUCGGGGUCCUCAGGCUUGGCUUGGGCUUCCUUGGCAGGAGAGAAACGGGCUGGGCCGGCGGAGAAAGAGAGCUUAAGACACGCUGUUCUCUGGGAGGUGAUGUACUUUUGAGCGACCACCAUGUCGAUGUAUCUGAAGCACUUCACGGUGGUGGGAGAUGACACUGCCCAGUGGAACAACGACUACAAGAAAUGGGAGGAGGAGGAGACGGAAGAGGAAGGAGAAGGGAAGGCACCCGAGGUUGCGGUGAAAGUCGAAUCGGCACCCAGGCGUCCAACCUUCAGAGAUGUCAUGAAGAGGCUGUUCCACUCCCACAAGUUCCAGAUCUUGGUGGUUUGCCUGGUGAUCUUGGAUGCUGUGCUGGUGCUGGGAGAGCUGCUUCUGGAUCUGAAGAUCAUUCAUCCCGACAAAGAGGAGAUCGCACCAAAGGUGCUUCACUACCUGAGCCUCUCCAUCCUGUCCCUCUUCCUGGUGGAAGUCAGCUUCAAGCUCUUCACCUACCGCCUGGAGUUCUUCCACCACAAGUUCGAAGUCCUGGACGCCCUGGUGGUGGUCGUCUCCUUCAUCCUGGACAUCGUGGUCCUCUUUCAGGAGCAUCAGUUUGAAGCGCUUGGCCUGCUGAUCCUGCUCAGGCUGUGGCGAGUGGCCAGGAUCAUCAAUGGAAUCAUCUUAUCAGUGAAGACCCGCUCAGAACAGCAGAUCUCCAAACUGAAGCAAGCCAAUGUACAGCUGAGUGCCAAAGUCCAGCAGCUGGAAAGCAGCUGUGCAGAGAAGGAAAUAGAGGUUGAAAGGCUGAACAAUCUCUUGAAGCAACACGGGCUACUCAGUCAGCCUAAACAAGAUGCCUGAAUUGGACCUGGGGUGGCCAAUCUCCUCCGUGGAUUCUGUUCUGGCCCCGAGAAGUUACUUCACGUUUACAGGGUGACCUUGGUAAAAAAAUAUCCUUUGGCACAUUUCUCAGCACGGGCGCCUUUCCUCCCAGGCUGAUGCCCUUCAGAUAGGGUGGACACUGCCUUCUGCCCUCCUCCUAGUCAUGCUCAGAGGGGGGGG